AUGACCAAGACACUCGUCGUUCUCGGCGCUGGCGUGGCCGGCACGAGCAUCGCCCACCGCGCCCUCAAGAACACAGUGCCCAAGGCCAAGGACCUCAAGGUCAUCAUUGUCACCCCCAACACCGACCACUACUGGAACCUGGCUUCCGUGCGCGGCAUCGUGCCGGGCCAGUACGAUGACGAGACGCUCUUCACGCCCCUCGCGGCCGCCUUUGCCCAGUACCCCAAGGACCGCUACGAGCUCGUCAUCGGCUCGGCCGAGACGCUGAACCCGGACGCCUCGACCGUCGUCGUGCGCACCGUCUCCGGCACCGAGCGCACCAUUGCCUACGACGCCCUCGUCAUCGCCACGGGCUCGCGGGCCCGGGACGACAUGCCGUGGAAGGAGCUCGGCACGACGGACCAGACCAAGGCGCGCCUCGGCGCCCUGCGCAAGCAGAUUGCGGCCGCCAACAAGAUUGUCGUUGCCGGCGGCGGCACGACGGGCGUCGAGGUGGCCGGCGAGGUGGGCUUUGAGUUUGGCCGCAAGAAGGACGUCUACUUUGUCAUUGACAAGGAGCUGCCGCUCGGGGACAACAUCCGCGAGGACGUGCGGCGCCUCGCGCGGAAGGAGCUCGAGAAGCUCGGCGUCAAGGUCAUCGACCGGUCCAAGGUGACGGGCGCGCGCGAGAACGGCACCGGCAAGACGAUCCUGCAGCUGACCAACGCGUCGGGCGCGACGUCCGAGCUCGAGGCCGACGCGUACCUGCCGACGUUUGGCCUCGUGCCCAACACGAGCUUCGUGCCGGCGAACCUGCUCGACAAGAACGGCCUCGUGCGCCAGAACACCGAGUUCAAGGUCCCCGGCUACGACAGCCUGUACGUCGUCGGCGACGCCGGCGACCUCGAGAGCAGCACGGCCUACGUCGCCGGCCUCCAGGCCACCUUCCUCUCCAAGAGCCUGCACCACCGCUUCACCGGCGAGGGCAAGGUCGGCACCUACACGCCGGAUCCCAAGGUCGUCGCCGCCGUGACCAUGGGCCGCAGCCGCGGCACCGGCCAGAUGGGCACCUUUAAGCUGCCGAGCCUCGCCGUGUGGCUCCUCAAGGGGCGGUACCUGGGGACCAACUACAACAAGGACGCGGCCAACGGCAAGAAAUAA